AUGGCCGACCCGCCCGUCCUAUCAGAGCAGGAGGAGCUGCAGAGGAGAGCCAAUCAGGUCACGGACGAGGUGAGCGACUCUCAGCAUCGUAAAACACAACUAUAGAUUAAAGAGAGUAAAGACGUGGGGAUCAGAACCGUCGUGAUGUUGGACGAACAAGGAGAGCAGCUGGAGCGGAUCGAGGAAGGUCUGGAUCAGAUCAACUCGGACAUGAAGGAGGCGGAGAAGAACCUGACGGACCUGGGGAAGUGCUGCGGCCUCUGCUCCUGUGAUAAGCUGAAGGCCUUCGAGGAGAGCGGCGCCUACAAGGCGGUGUGGGGCGGAGCCUCCGGCCAGGACGGCGUGGUGUCCAAUCAGCCGCCGUCGUCCCGCGUGGUGGACGAGCGGGAGCAGAUGAUGAUGAGCGGCGGCUACAUCCGCAGGGUGACCAACGACGCCCGCGAGGAUGAGAUGGAGGAGAAUCUGGCCCACGUGGGCAGCAUCAUCGGCAACCUGAAGAGCAUGGCCCUGGACAUGGGCAACGAGAUCGACACGCAGAACGUCCAGAUCGAGCGCAUCCAGGGGAAGGCGAUCCUCAACGUGUCGCGCAUCGACGCCGCCAACCAGAAGGCCAACAACCUGAUGAAGCGAUAGAAGCCUCCUCGCUACGCUCUGCUUCCUGUUUUGUUUUUUUCUGCUUCGUGUUUCUCGUCGUUGAUCUGCUGCGACGCUUCGACUCGGCUUUUCUUAUUCAUAUUGACUCCUAGAAUCCUCUCAGAAGGAUCACGCUGUGGGACUCUGACGCCUUCAUAACGACACGUUCUGGGCAGAACGUCAGAUGUUUGGAUGCUUUGAACACAAGAAGAACACAGCGAACAGCCGAGGCCUUCAGGAGCGACUCCACCUGUGACGGAACACCAGCACCAGCCCUCCUCCCGUCCUCUGCUCUGACAGGAAACCAGUGGCGCCAUCUGCAGGCCCGGUGGCGAACUGCUCGUCACGUAUCCGUCCCCAGAGGAGGAUCUCUGGCGACACCCGGUGGACAAACGUGGAACUCGUUCCUCCAGCUUGUCCAUCUUCUUCUUCUCCGUGUUCAUAUGAAAUGGUGGCGUCUGCGGUGCUGUAAUCAUCUCCUACAGAGCGUUUACUGGAUAUUUAAUGUGUUUAUUUGUGCUUUCUGUGGCUGUUUCUGCUGCGUUUUACUACGAAUGUGUGAGUUUUCAUGGUGAUAUAACGAUAAGCUGUGUUUAAGGUGCUGGUGUUAGUCAUGAAUCUGCGUUAUUGUCCUGCGGCCCCACUGGGGAACCUGCAUGCUGGUGAUUAUUGUGAUUAAAAAUAUGAACAUUAUGAAUAAAAAAGGUGUGCUAAAGAA